ACGCAGAUGGGCAGAGAAGGAGGUGCCCUCAGUUCUUCCUCUGGGCUCCUGGAGGGGGCGGAGUCGCCUGGAGGAGGGGACCAGGGAGUGUCGUCGAAGCCAAAAGGGGCCCAGACCCUUUUGGAGUUGGAGGCCAGUGCCAGAAUCUGAGGCCAUGAGCGAGUACCGGGUGCGUGUGGCCACCGGCUCCUUCCUGGGCUCGGGGACCUGGGACAAAGUGUCUGUGAGCCUGGUGGGAGCAGCAGGUGAAAGCCCGGCCCUGCGGCUGGACAACUUUGGGAAAGACUUCCGUCGGGGCGCGGAAGAGGACUUCGAGGUGACAGCCCCCCAGGACGUGGGCGAAGUGCUGUUGCUGCGCGUGCACAAGGCGCCCCUCGUGCUGCCCCGCCCGCUUGGACCCUUGGCCCCGGACGCCUGGUUCUGCCGCUGGUUCCAGGUCACGCCGCCAGGGGGCGCCCCCCUCCACUUCCCCUGCUACCAGUGGCUGGAGGGCGAAGAUAGCCUGGUGCUGCGGCCCGGGGCAGCCAAAGUCAUCUGGCAAGACAGCCACCCUCUGCUCCUUGCCCAGCGCCAGGCAGAGAUUAAGGAAAGGCAACAGAAAUACCGAUGGAGUGAGUUUUUCCCAGGGAUACCCCGCUGCCUGGAUGCAGAAAACCUGAAGGAACUUGAUCCCAACCUGCGCUACUCAGUCAGCAAAGAAGUCGCCCAGAAAUCCCUCCUUGUCUACCCGAAUAUUGCACUGGCACUGAAGGCUCUGCUGACUAGCCAACGGCCCUGGAGAAGCCUGGAUGAGAUUCAGCAGACCUUCAUCUUCCCCAAAUCACCCACAUCAGAGUACACAUUUGAGCACUGGCAGGAAGAUGCCUUCUUCGCUUACCAGUUCCUGAACGGCUCCAACCCUGUCCUGAUCCGCCGUUGCCGCUGCCUCCCAGAAAACUUCCCAGUCACAGACGCCAUGGUGGCACCAGUGCUGGGUCCCGGGACCAGUCUUCAGGCUGAGCUGGAGAGCGGCUCUCUGUACCUAGUGGACCAUGCCAUCCUCUCCGGUCUCCACCCCAGAGCCAUUGAUGGACAGCCCCAGUUCACAGCAGCCCCCUUGACCCUGCUGUACCAGUGCCCUGAUGGGACCCUGCUGCCACUCGCCAUCCAGCUCUUGCAGAUGCCAGGCCCAGAUAACCCCAUCUUCCUGCCCAGUGACACCGCUGACGACUGGCUCCUGGCCAAGACCUGGGUGCGCCACUCAGACUUCCUGGUGCAUGAGAUGUUCACGCACCUGCUUCUCACUCACUUUGAAGUGGAGACCUUUUCUCUCUCGUUGCUGCGGCAACUGCCCAUGUGCCACCCCAUCUUUAAGCUGCUCCUCCCUCACUUCCGAUACACCUUCCACAUCAAUAUCCUGGCCCGCACUGGGCUGUUUGCACCUGGAAAGCUCAUUGACCAGACAGUCUCGCUGGGACGGGUGGGCUGCCUGGAGCUGAUGGCCAAGGGGCUGGAGACCGUCACCUACCGAUCUCUGUGCCUGCCCCACCAACUGGCUGACCGCGACGUUCAUGACCUUUGCCAGUACUACUAUCGAGAUGAUGCGCUCCAGAUCUGGGCAGCCAUAGAGAGCUUUGUGUCAGACAUCGUUGGCAUCUACUAUCCAGAUGACAGUGCAGUGAGCAGGGACUCAGAGCUCCAGGCCUGGGUAAUGGAGAACUUCCAGGAGGGUUUUCUAAGCCGUGUGAGUUCAGGGGUCCCUUCAGCCCUGGACAGCUGCACUGGCCUCAUUGAGUAUCUCACCAUGAUCAUCUUCAACUGCUCUGCCCAACACUCUGCCGUCAACAGUGGCCAGUUUGAAUUCAGUGCCUGGAUGCCCAAUACUCCUACCACCAUGAGGCUCCCACCACCCGCUGCCAAAGGCCAGGCAGACCUGGUGGCCUCACUCCCUAAGGUCAACACCACCUGCCACGCCCUUGUGCUCUUCUGGGGUGUCAGCCACGAAACGGAGGACACUCGGCGCCUGGGGACCUACCCGGACCAGCACUUCACAGAGGAAGCCCCGAAGCAGAGUAUCGUCGCAUUCCAAAGCCGCCUGGCACAGAUUUCACAUGACAUCCAAGAGCGGAACCAGGGUCUAGUGCUACCUUACACCUAUCUGGACCCCGCGGUGGUGGAGAACAGCGUCACCGUGUGAGUGCGCAGCGCCCCCUAGUGGCCAGUCAGGACAGCGCAGCGCCACCCCCAGAAUGCCUCCCCGCCCCCCCCCCCCCCCCCACUAAACGUGUGCACCGACACACCCAGGACUGGUG